UUACAGCAGAUGCACUAGCAGCGAGAUCAGCACUCCAUCUCUCUCUCUCUCUCUCUCUCUCUCUCUCACUCUAUAUCUAAACUCAUGUUUUUAAACUAGUACCUCUAUCUUUCCAUUCACUUCUCUCUAUUCUACCACCUGCUUUCUCCUUCACACUCGCUGUAUCAAUACUACCCUGUUUAUUUCUCUGACCUCCCUCCUCUCUACCCCUCUCCUCUAUGAUCUCUCUCCCUUGCUACCCUCCUCUCUCACUCCCUCUCUGAUACGACCUCUUCCUCUCUCUCAUCCCUCUCUGCUGUCUCCAUUCUCUUUUUAAACUAGCAUGUUCCUUCCUCUCUCUAAACUUUCUCUAACUCUUAUCCUCUCCCUACCUCUCCCUCACUCCCUCUCCCUCCCUAAACUUUCUUUAACUCUCAUCCCCUCUCUACCUCUCCAUCACUCCCUCUCUCUCUCUCCACCCCUCUACUAAAAUCACAUAUUUAUUGAUUGAGUCGUUUUUAUUCAUUUACCAAACCAGUUGGACUUUCUUUCUUUCUUUCUUUCUUUCUUUCUGUCUUUCCAUUUCUCUCUCCCUCACUACACUGUUUGGAAUACUACUUCUUUGGAAUUCCUGGUAUUCCCGUCGCCAUGGCAGCGUUCCUGGGAUACUCCCCUUCCCAGUGGGUCUUGCUCUGCCACAGAAUUCCCAGGUUGGACUUCGGAUUGGAGAGCCGAGGGAACACAUUCCAGCCGGAGGUGUGGGAAUAUCAGCAGACUCUACUCCUUCUCUCCUCUCUCUCCGCGCUCUGUCUCCUCCUCUCAUUGCUCGGGGUCUCUUCCUCUCUGAUUGGCUGGUGCUGCCGUCGGCGUGGUAACCACGAGGAGGUCGAUGACAGCGAUGACGAUGACGAGUGUGAUGAUGUCACUGGAGGGCGUCGGCUCUGCUGUGUCACAUGGGGUACUGUCGGGGCCGUUGUGAUUUGCUGUGCUGCUAUUGGAAUUGGUUUCUAUGGUAAUAGCGAAGCCAAUGAUGGGAUGUAUCAGAUGACCUACUCCCUGGCGACAGCCAAUCACACGCUGAGUUCCAUUGACAUUCUGGUCUCAGACACCGUGUCCUUGCUGGGUCUGGCAGUCUCUGAUCAGCUCACCAGAUUGGAGGAGCUCCUGUCCCGGCGCGAUGACCUCAUUAUCGUCGCUCGGAAUGCCCGUCGGCAAGCGGAGGCUGUGAUUGACCUGCUGUCGAACCUGCCCCUCCAGGCCACACCCCCCCUGAGUGCAGCGCAGCUAACCACCCAGGGGAAUUAUACUGCAGAGAAUCAGACAGAGAGCGCAGUCAGUGUGGACUGGGCAGCACAGAGAGUGGGGUCCCUCGAGGAAUACAGAUGGCUCUCCUACGUUCUUCUGCUUCUUCUAGACCUCCUCAUCUGUCUCUUCAUCCUCUUGGCUCUCGCUAAGGAAACACGCUGGCUGCUGGUGCUAAUGUCAUCUCUUUCUUGGCUCGCUCUGUUUCUCAGCUGGGGUUCACUGGGUCUGGAGACUGCUACUGCUGUGGCUCUCAGUGAUUUUUGCGUGGAUCCAGACACCUACAUAUUAAAUACAACACAGUUGGAUCUCGGAGUAAGACAAGAUGUCCUGGAGUAUUACCUGCUCUGCAACAAGGGAAUGAGAAGUCCUUUCCAACAGCGACUCACUCAGUCUCAGAGAGCUUUGUCUAAUAUCCAUGCUCAACUCACUGGCCUGGAGGCCAUGGCUAUCCCACAAUUCCCUCAGGCUGAAAAGAGCCUCUCUGAGCUGCAGCAGGUUCUCAACGUCACCGAGGGAAACUUCCAGCAGCUGGUGGCACUACUGAACUGCAGAGCACUGAACAAGGACUAUCUAGAUGCUAUAAAGGGCCUGUGUUAUGAUGGGAUGGAGGGAGUGUUGUAUCUCUCUCUCUUCUCUUUCCUCUCCGCUCUCUCAUUCUCCUCUCUCCUCUGCACCCUGCCGAGAGCCUGGGACCAGUUUCACAGUGACUCUGGUGAUUACGACGACUCUGAUGAUGACAGCGAGGACCCCUUCGGCUCUCAUCAGGCACGUAGACAGAUGCCCACGAGCAGGGCGGGGCCAUCAGGGGUCCUGCCAGGUUUCUAUAGUUACCAGGGGGGGGCCUCGGCUCCUCCCCUCUCCAGUGCCCCGCCCCUCUCUCACUACAUGGCUCAAAACGCUUUAUUCAGUGGCAGUCCUCGAUUUGAAAGCGUCCCGCUGAUCGAAAGACAGUCGCCACCCCCCUCGUAUUCUCCAAGCAUGUUAACAGGAUUCGGAGACCCACAACUAAACAGUGCAGCUGGACAUAGCAGGACUGAGUUCUUGUCCUAAUGUUGGACAGACAAGUGGACAUUUGGACAUGUGGACAGACAUGCAAGAAAAAAUACAAAUAUAAUAACCUUCAAAGUUUGUAAUUUUAAAUGUAUUAAUACCUUUUUUCUACCUGUUAAUUAUUCAGCCCCUCUAACUUUUAUAGAUUAUAUAGCAGUGGCACCAAACAUGAUUCAGACAGUCCCCCUGAGUUUCAAUCUCCAUAGUUUGCAGCAUACAAGUAUGGCUAUUGAAACUCAGGGGGACUGUCUGAAUCAUGUUUGGUGUUGCUGUAUAACAUAUAAAACUUGACUAGACUGUGCUAGAAUUACAUUGGAACUGGAGUUUAAUAUCAUUUUACUAGACUGUGCUAGAAUUACAUUGUAACUGGAGUUUGUAAUGUUACAUUGUCACUUAUCUUGAAUACUCAUAUUUUAAAAUAUUUAAAGCAAUACUUUCCCUGAACAUGUGAAAUCCUGAAUAGAAAUAUUUUGUAAAAACGUUUUUUACCCCAAGCAAUAUUUGUACGAACAAAAUUAUAUUAUGUUUUUUUUUUUAUUAUUAUUUAAUAUUAUGACUAUUAUAUAGAUAUCAAAUAAUCUAAAGGGUUAUUUUGUAUUAUAUAGUGUGUUGGGUAGCUGUUGUAAUUAUACACAGGGUUGCAUAGUGUUAUACAGUGUGGACCCACCAGCAUUGCCCUGUGUACAGUACAGCACAGCGAGGCUCUGCCCAGCACACAGCAGGCAAUGCCAGCGCAUUAGAUUACAACAUUAUAUAGGCACCAUGUUGGGUAGCUGCUGUAGAUCUCUAGUAAAUUAUUGAUGGAAAAGAAUGCACUGAAAUAUACAAUUAUUACUAUAGAAUAACCCUUUAGUUAUGUAGAAACUUCCCCUGUAAAUGCACUACGAUUAGGGGGAAGUGGAAAUGGUGUUCUCACUGUCGUCUUGCACCCUUGUGUGUUUUUUUAAAACUUAACCUUUAAUAAAACAAUUUGUUUACCUUUAAA